AUGGUUCUGAGUCGACAGAGCGAUGUGUUUCGUCUUCGUGAAAGGCUGACGGGGGCCGUUUGGAGAGGACUGCUUUUUAGAAGCUUCUACAGUACUUAUCUAUCUUUCGCGGUUGCUUCGGCGGCAUCUGUGGCAGAUCUUGUCGCGCUUUGA